AUGCCAGUGAAAUAUUGUAAAUUGCAGAAGCUGAAGGAGAUGUUUAUAUCAAAAUUUGGAUCGGCUCCCAAGUUUUAUGUUCGUGCACCAGGGCGAGUCAACUUAAUUGGAGAACAUAUAGACUACUGUGGUUAUGCUGUGCUCCCUAUGGCUAUAGAACAAGAUAUACUGAUUGCAGUAGAACCUGUAAAAACUGAAGUUGUGCAACUGGCAAAUACCAGUUCUUUGUACUUGGAUUUUAGCACUAGUGUUAAUAACAUUCAGAUUAACAAAACCAAACCUCAGUGGCAUAACUACUUCCUGUGUGGACUGAAGGGUAUACAGGAACAUUUUGGUCUUAAUAACCCAACUGGAAUGAAUUGUCUGCUAGAUGGAACCAUCCCUCCAAGUUCUGGUCUCUCUAGCUCCAGUGCUUUGGUGUGCUGUACAGGACUCGUGACACUAAGAGCUAAUGGAAAAACCCUCUCUAAGGUGGAACUUGCAGAAAUUUGUACAAAGAGUGAACGUUAUAUUGGCACAGAAGGUGGAGGAAUGGACCAGUCAAUCUCCUUUCUGGCAGAAGAAGGAACUGCCAAGUUGAUAGAGUUCAGUCCUCUGAGGGCAACUGAUGUUAGACUUCCAAGUGGAGCAGCGUUUGUUAUUGCUAACAGUUGUGUUGAAAUGAAUAAAGCAGCAACUUCUCAUUACAAUAUUAGGGUAAUGGAGUGUCGUCUGGCUACAAAGCUUCUCUCAAAGUCAAAAGGCUUGGACUGGAAAAAAAUGUUGAGACUCCAUGAUGUGCAAAGCAAGCUAGGAGUUAGCCUAGAGGAAAUGCUGACCAUUGUCGAGGAGGUAUUACAUCCUGAGCCUUACAGCACAGAGGAAAUUUGUAAAUGCCUGGGAAUUAGCCUGGAGGAGCUCCGCUCUCAGAUCCUUAGUCAAAACACGCAAGACGUUUCCACCUUUAAGUUAUACCAGCGUGCAAAGCAUGUGUAUAGUGAAGCUGCCAGAGUGCUGGAAUUUAAGAAGAUCUGCAACGAAGCACCUGCCAAUGCAAUCCAGCUGCUGGGAGAAUUGAUGAACCAGAGCCAUAUCAGCUGCAGGGAAAUGUAUGAAUGCAGCUGUCCCGAACUGGAUCGGCUGGUAGACAUCUGCCUGCAAUUUGGGGCCGUUGGGUCACGUCUGACUGGAGCUGGAUGGGGCGGCUGCACUGUGUCAAUGGUGCCUACUGACAAGCUGAACACUUUCCUAAAAAAUGUAAAAAGAGCUUAUUACCAAACCGACGUCCAAAGGUUAGCGUUGGAGAAUAAUAGUCUGUUUGCUACCAAACCUGGAAGAGGAGCUUUGGUUUUUGUUGAGGCCUAAAGAACGUAAAAAUUUUAAAGAAACUAUGUAGGGCAUUUAGAACUGGCAGUACUUCCGAUGCCGCAGUAAAUGAAUGCUUUUUCUGGUUGUUAUUGUUAUGAGCAGUUGCUAUUAUCAAAAUACAUUUCUGAAGAAGCGUUUAAAAGAAAACUCUUUGACUAUAAAGGGGUUUUUCCCCAUACUAAAAGUAUCUUUCAGUAUAAACAUUGAUUUACAGAAAUGUAUUGACAAGGGAAGCUGAAAUUGAAAUAAAGGUGGUACUUUGUUA